GAGAUAUCACGCCACCCAUCGCAAAAUACCUGUCUCGGUUUCUUUUCUGCGGAUAACGAAACUACCAUGGCAUCGAGCACAAACGCAUUAAAACUUGGUGGAUAUGACUACACGUUCACGGGAAAAGUUCCUGAUAACUUUAAAUGUCUUGUGUGCCUUUUACCAAUGAAGGAUCCAGUUCAGAUUGUAGGAUGUGGACACAGACUCUGCAGCAUCUGUUUGGAAUCACUCUUUCGGUAAUGUCGAAUGCAAUUCUGCAUGUUGUCAUUGCACCAACAUUUUACACUUUACAACAACUAUAUCUGGAACACAAAGUAUAAUUGAUCCAUGCUCAGAUAUAGAUCUUGGCGAAGUUCUAUUUUAUUACGUAACGUUUUGCGACAAAGAAAAUACGGAUCUUUCGAGUAAAAAUUAUCGCGUUCCUUCGAUGGAAUUUCCUAAGAUUUGCCAUAUUUGUGCCCACUAUAUCUGGAACACAAAAUAUAAUUGAUCCAUAACUUAAAUAUAGCAUCUUCAGCUCCUCCUAGUAAUCAAAGCAUUCUUGCGAGAGUUAUAGAGAUACGAAGCUCGAGGUUAACUUUUCAUUCUUAUUUACUUGAAAUAGCUAUGCUCUGAAUUUGAAUAUUUUAGUUUCCCACUUAAGGAGGCUCCGGACGGUUUUUUUUUUGACCGCACGAGAUCUGCGAUCGCACGAUUGUCAUCUGAAAAGCUGUAUUAAAAACAGUUGAACUCAAAACAGUUUUAUGUGAUAGAAUGUAGGGUUUCCAGCGACUGCAUCAGUCCGUAAUAUUCAUGGACCUCUAGGCCUAAAAAGAGGUCAACCGAAAAGAAAAUACAGUGGGAAAGAUUGCCAAAAGGCGACAGAAAGUUCACGCAUGCUCAGAUAUAGAUCUUGGCGAAGUUCUAGUUUAUUACGUAACGUUUUGCGACAAAGAAAAUACGGAUCUUUCGAGUGAAAUUUAUUGCAUUUCUUCGAUGGAAUUUCCUAAGAUUUGCCAUAUUUGUGACCUUCGUAGUACCUGUUGAUAAAAAGGAAUCAUUAGAAAAAAUUUGACAUAGAAGAAAAAAACUCAAAAUUGUAAAUAGCGAGGAAACUGCCUUUACAACCCCUAUCUUUAUCGGCUUGUAAAUGAUCGGCAGCGCGCUAAUGAGCAUAAACCCUACGGAGUCUCCUCGGAUUCCAUUACUGUACUUAUUCAAUUUAAUUCAUGCCACCACGGCAAUUGUUUCCUCUCACAAUCAUAGAUUGUAUACUUAAAAAAGAUUUUACUUCUCUAUUUCUUCACUGACUGUCCAACAGACAACCUUCGCCAUUCUGUCCAUCAGAUAGGGCACCAUUGUCACGUGACAAGGUAAGUGUUUUUAUGUAAACAGGUAACGUGUGUAACAUGAGGGGAGAGAGUUAGAUAGCGUGAAGAAAAUCCCGUUUUCUCUUGUCUGUCCUAUCAUUGCUUCACGUUAUUUCUGUUGGAACGCUUGUUCCAAAGAAACUCUCCAUAGUAUUCACUCACAUUUAUGUUUCUUUAAGAAAACCUCCCGUUAAAUUAUAAAAAACGAUCUUCAUAGUUGACAUAUUUGGCAUGAAUGGUUGAAGUAUUUCGUGAAACAAAUCGGCCGUUUUGAAACUGGUAUGUGUGUACCGGCAUGAAAAAUACCGCCACCAUCAUUUGCGAUUUCAAUUUAAAAUCCAAAAUAACAAGGGCUCUUAAAAUUCUUACUCCGAAAGACGAAACACCUCCUAAAACCCAAUCAUUUAGAGAGGUUUCACCAUCGCGAUUUUUGUCGUUCAACAUUGAAUCAGCGGCCCGGAAAGCUGAUAUGUAUGUAAAUAUGAUUAUAUCGUGUGACCUCUUGUUCCAUAAGCAUUAGAAACAUAAGAAAAUGUUUUAAGAUAAAUGUUCGCAAGUUCAGAGUGGAUAACUAAUCACUUUAGUUGCGAAACAAGACAUUAGAUGUUUGCAUUACUUCAUGGCCGCCAUGUUACUGUCAUUUAGACGGACGCACAUUUUGGCGAAUAACUCAUCAGCAGAAAACCCGAUAGACCUGAAACUUGUUUAUUUAUCAAUAUUCUUCAAAAGCUUACUCUCAUGGCGUCAGUAUUCAAUAGUUUUGAUUUUAUAUUUCGAUGGCGUGACCAUGAGAGCAAUCGUAUGACGUCAAACCAUUUAAACUAGGCAUGCUAUGCAUGCAAGAGUUAUUUUUUUCGGGUGGGUGGAUUAAUUGAAAGAAUGUAAGCGAUGUCUAAAUUUAACAAAAGGAAAGAGUAUUGACGCAGAGAAGAACAAAAAUGUCAAACUAACUCAUACAAAGGUAUUUUGUGGUCGAUUGUAAAUUGUAUUGGUGCCAUGGAUACCUGUUAGUAUAAGAUGCAGACUGCAGACCGCAGAAUGCAGAGUGCACACCGGAUACAAAAUGCAGACUAAGAACUUAAAGUGUUUUUUCGUCUGGUAUGUGAUAACAUGUCAUCUGACAACUUACUGAGCGUUACGCAAUCGCUUUUCCGCGAUCAGCUUUCACGAUUAUUUGCACUAUUGUGGAAUAUUUCUGGCUCGUUUCUUGAUCAAAAUCGUUCUUAAUAUAAAUUUAAGCCUUCAUAUAGUCUUCUCACUUUGCACGCGAGUUGGUUGGUGUGAUGCCUGUACAGAUUUUACCAACUUAACAAAAGUAGAUGUAGACGAAGAAGUAAAUGAGACGUCACUAUCAAAUAUUUCACACGCGCAUUAUAAGAGAAACGAUUGACAGCUUUGCACGCGGUGCGUAAUAUCAUUUUUUUAAGCGAUAUGUGUUUAUUUUGUUGCCAAAAGUGCGGACCGAGACGAAAACUGUUCCUUUGACUUGAUAUAUUUUCGAAGUUAGCAGAUCACAUCAUAUUAACUUACCUCCGUAAAUCAUUAAUUCCAGAUAACAAAAUCAAAUAAACAUGCUAUCUAGUAUCUGGAUUCGUCCUUGGCCAAACACAAACGACUCCACAAGAUCACAUUCUUCAGGCAUCGAAAACAUACACAAAAUCGUCCAUGGUUGAUUUUAAUCAUACAUUCAUAUAGAGAUAUCACCGAGCAAAGCAAUCCAGAAAAAUAUAAUCGGCACACUUAACAAAUCAUGAAUCUUACAACACGGCUUGCCGUUAAAGAACUACUCAAAUCAAAAUGUUUGGUGCAAUUCAUCAACACUUUAAGCAAUAUUUGAUUUAAAAUUUUUCCACUCACUCUCGUCGUGAAGGAACAAUAACCAUGAUUGUACUACAGUGCACAGGACUCAAUUUCCUCUCGAACAAUUAUCCACCAUUUUCACAGUAUGAGUAACACGUUUACUAUAGGUAAUCUGAUAUCUUUCAUCUGUCCAAUAGUAUAGCAUUUGUCAUAAAGCGCGGUAAAAUACACGUUAAAAACGCAGAAAAGCCAACAUUUCUCACUCUGAAGGAUGAUGCCAUUAAUGCGGAAAUUCAAGGGUCAUAAUUGCUUGUUGAGUUAUCCUUUUUAUUAAAAAAAAAAAUCUGUAGCGUAUAGAGUGGUACGUUGCUCGCACCAAUCAGAACGCAGCAUUAAGGUAUGUAUCUCGCACCAAUCAUAUCGUCGCAUAAGGGGUAUGUAUCUCGCACCAAUCAGAUUGCCGUAUUAGGGCAUGUAACUCGCUCCAACCAUAUCAGAACAUUUGAAUAUCCUGCACGAAUAAUGGAGUUUGGGUAUUGUUUUCUUGUAAAUGUUGGCAUGGAUCACGGGGCUGUGCAUAAAGAAUGACAUUGGCCAGAAAUUUUGGGCUCAUUUGAUAAGUAAUGGUUUGUAGCCUUCGCGAAAGCCUCGUCGCUUAAGGUCGAGAUUUAUCGGGAUAAGAAAGGUACUCAUCUAAAUUUUUAAGUUAAAACGUGUUUUUCCGCUCCUUUACUCACAAUGCACACGCCAAACAUUCCAUCACGUACCAUGAAAACAACGUUCAAAGUCCAAUCAGAACAUACCUAAUCAUUGCACUACAUGAACAUUAGGCGCUUUUCUCGUGCUUUAAUCGUAUUCCACCAAUCAAAUUCCAUUUGAACAUAUUGGACUUCGCUCUAUGACGUGUCAUUUUCUUGAAAACAAAUUGCAUUUUAUUACGUAUUCUAAAUGCAUUAUCCAACUCCAAUAAAAAAAAUUCACGUGGAACUGAAUGCCACUGAUAAUAAGUUUUCCAAGCAAUUCUCCCGCAUUUGACUUUUUCUACGAAUUAAAGUCACUAUAAGCAACAUUGGACUUAACUCAAUUGCGUGUUAAUUCGUUUUAAAACAACUUGCAUUGGAUAUAAAUGUGAAAUAAUUCUUAUUCUGGCAGAUAUUUCCAGAUUCCGCCUAUCAUCGCGAAAUACUGGAGUGGACGGUCGAGUGUCCUUACUUUGGAUGUUCAUGGACUGGAGAACUACGUACUGUUGAGGUAUAACUGAGGUGUCUGAUACGAAACAAAAAAUUUCAAACAUUUGUGACUUUUCUUAAACAACUAAAAAACUAAACAAAAAUCAGUAUACGUAUCCCACUCUAACAUUUCAUUCUAAUAAAAUAAAAUCGGGUACUUUAAAAUUUGCCAUUUCAGCUCACCUUAUUAGAGGAAAUUUACGUUCGGGCUACCAGUAAGUAAGGUUAUUUACUUGAUGUGGAAGCGUGUCAGAUUUACGCAAAAUGAAAAGAAAAAUUACUUCCGAACAAAGGAAAUUGAAGCGAAAAAGGUGUUGAGGAGAGAAGUUAAGGUGACAUAUGCAAAGAACCAGAAUUUUCUAAGAUAACACAAACAAGUUUUUUUUAGACCUUUGACGCCAAAAAGCUUAGAAAAGAAAAUUGAAAAAAGUGAGCUUUUGUUUCGGAGCUAAAGUAAAGGAAAUCUGUAAUAGGGCAGCGGAAUUAUUUUUAGCAAUACCCAUCAUUUAUGACGCGGAAAUUAAACCUUACCAUAGCUAACGAAACUUAAAUUGAAGCGGGCUUGUUUAAAUUGGCCUUAGUUGAUUUAAGGAAUUAUUUAUUUCCCAUUAUAAAGUAUUUGUUAUAACUCUGUUUUUUAAAUUUGUAGAAACACCAGUCAGAGUGCCUGUUGAAAGUAAUGCAAUGUUCAAACUCAGGAUGUACAGAGAGGCUUGCCAAGAAAGACAUGGAAGUUCACGAGUCACUUGAGUGUCCAUGGAGGAAGAUCAACUGUGAACAUUGUCAAGAAUCAUUCGUUUUUCAAGAAAAGCAGGUAUGUAGACAUCCAUGUAAACAAAUGAACUUUAAAGAAAAUUUACUUAGACCUAAUUAUAUUGCUAAGUUGACAACACGGUAAAAGGCACUUUCCAUGUGCCAGUGUUUCUCUAGACGUUACUAGUCUUUUCCAGGGUAGUGCCAGCCUUUAAUUUAUGUAAUUGAUGUAUUUACACGUUGCACUGUCUUCUUCUAUGAGAACGCCUACGAAAAAAAGAAUGUUCCAGCCACACUUUCACUCUGGAUUGUGAGGUCCCCUUUCCCUCGCAGCCAUUAUUUGAGAUGUCACGUAACUGUUCCCCUUGAGUUCUUGAGGAGAGCGAUGCGUGACAUCCCUAAUAAUAUGGUUACGAAGGUUCCCUGCGUUCAUAAAUAUUUUCAUAUAUUAAUACCUUUGAGCAUUAAGACUGCUGAUUAAAAGGAGUUAUUUGAUGAAUAGAAAAUGGCCUACUGCUGCAAUAGUUUACAUCUUGUAUUUUAAUUGUUUUCGACUGCAUUUUAUGCAUAUUUCAUGCUGUUUUCAAUAUAUUUCCUCAACCGUGCACCUGCUUUAAAAGUAUUUUUUAUGGCAAUAUGUAUUGUCAUUUUUUAAAAUACCAAACGCAGUUAGCUUUUAAACAUAUUUUCUAUAUUAGUAAACUGUAAACGCAAAAGAACCCCUCCCAAUUCGCAUUUUAAAGACAACUCUCUGCACAAAUAUUUUUAAACAAAAUUUUAAUGCCGUGCAAAACAAUUUUAAAAUGACAAAAUGCGCUCUAAAAAUGCUUAAUCACACCCAUUUUACCUUCAUCAUACGGUGAAACUAUGUUUUUUUGGACAAAAUUCUUUUAUAUUCACUAGAAUUACAAUACCUAAAAACUAUUCCAAUUUUAACACAUAUAGAUGACUUUAUCUGAUUAAUUUAGCAAGUCAUAUUUUGAAAAUCAUGAAAUAUAAAGGUAAAUUAUAAAUGUUGUUUAAAACAAGAUAUGAUUAAUGAUAACGGUAUUAAUGUAUGCCGCCAAUGCGCAUGUUUUUUUAUCAGCAUUUGCACUCGACUCUUGUUACUUAAGUUAUAGAAAUAUAAAAAAAAUUAGUUUAUCGUAGAAAAUAUCAAGUAAACAAGGUUUUGAAUAAUUCAGUUGAUAAAUACCACCUCAUGUUAAGUUAUGAUGAAAUUUUCGAAUUUUAUCAUUUAUUUCAAAUAAUAGAGCACCAAAUUGUCGAGUUAGAUAUCAAAGGAUUUAUUAAAUUAAAUUAUAUUUUUUGCAGAAUUUUUUAGUCCUAUGUAUAAUAGUAGAAAACACUAAAAAUAUGUAAAGAUAUUCAAUAAUACUGAUUUUGAUUAAUGAUCUUAUUUUUUAUAUUUUUUAUCAUAGUUUUGAUCGCACUUAACAAUAUUUGGUGAUGAUUCAGUUAUUCAUCAUCUAUAAGUUGUAAUUUCACGAUAAGGUCAUAGUCAUUAAAUUUACUAUCGCGCAACUAAAAUAUCUCUUGAUUUCAUUGAAUAUAUGUUCAUGCCUGAUUUAUGCAUGUUUGGUUUGUAGCAUUUUUUAAAUCAAUUAUUGUUUUAAGUAUGCUUGUAUUAACAUUUCAACGGCUGAAAUAGCAAUUAAAGCAAUUCCUUUUGUUGCAAUAGCCGAUGCUAUUGCUUCUGUUGCAAAUACACAGUAGAAAACUUAGCUGUUAUUUUCCACUUUCGAUAUUUUUUAUAUGCAGAUUUGUAACAAUAGGAUUUUUUAUGGUAAUGAUUAUAAAGUGUUUUCAGCUCAUUUACUUUUUCCGUUGUAAGGUUUUUUGAAAUGUGAUUAACAUUUAUUGAUUGUCCAUUAUUCAAGUAAUUUAGAUUGAAGAAAAUUAUUUUUAACAUGUAAAAGUAUUUCAAUCAAAAGCAUUGUGUGGAAAAAAAUUCUUCAUAAAUUUAUUAUGUAUAUUUUGAUCAACUGUUUUAUUUUUUAUAAGAAAAAUGUCCACGAUUCAAAAACUAUUUCACUAAAACACCGAUGCACCGACGUAUUUUUGUGUUCAUGUUGUAACACUUAAAUUCAGUUGUUAGGCUUCUGCUAAUUUGAUUGUUUAUUCUUUGUAACCCCCCACAUCAGAUUUUACGGAAAAUAACAACUAAAUACAUUUAUUUCAUAUAUCACUUGUUAAAGUUUUAUCAGCGAUAAAACUCCUGAGACGACCAUUGCGGUCAAAACAAUUUUGAAUGAGAAGAUAAAGUUUCUCAGAUCCAAAAAUUACUCUGAUAUAACCUCUAUGAUCAAUUUAAUUUUUGAAAGAAACGAAAAAAUCCUAGACAUUUGGAUGUAAAUACUCAGAUAUACUAAAUUGCUCCAUGCGAUUAUUUAAUUCAUAUUUCAUAUUAAAGUAAUUUAAUUGAGGAAAAUUAAUUAGACCUCUUUAGCUUAUCAUUUUAUUAAUGACGGUUUUUCAUAUAAAUUAUUUGGUAAAUAAUCAUUUUUAGAAAUAGGAUCAACUUUUACCGAAACUAGAUGUACAUCAAAAAAUUACUAACGGUGUAUUUAUCUAAGUUAAAAGCCUUUUAAAUCAAUUAUUUGAUUAUCAUAUAAAUCUAAUGUUUGUUUUCUUAUGUAAUAUCUAGCGUCAGACGAUUAUCUAAUCAUUGCAUCUGUUCCUGAUGUUGCAUUUGCAAGCCUUAAAAAUUGUUUCGUUGACAUGUCUAAAUCACUAUCUACAACCCUUCUUUAAUUAUCUUAAAUCAGAUGAUUGCCUAUUCAUUACAUCUGUUGUUGUUGUUGCAUCUACAACAUUUUUAGUCUUGUUUUUUUUAUCACAUUUAAACCACUAUCUGCACUUUUUUUCAAGAUAAAUUGUAUUUGCUGUAUUUGAAUUUACCGCAUUAUUUAAAUCUGUUGCAUCAGCCAAACCAACAAUUUUCGUACCACUUAUAUUUUAAUAUUAACUUCCUUACUUCAUAUCAAUUCAUCACUAUAAUAAGUAAGACCUUGCGUUCUAUUUACUGAAUCAUCUAAGUUUGUUAUCCUUUUUCUAUACAUGUCAAUUUCUCCAGGUAGUAUUGGUUUAUUACCACUUAAAUUUGCUUCUAUCCAACUUCAAAAAAAUUUAUUUCAGUUUGGUUUAAUUAAUGUCAUGCUACUAAUUUAUUAGGAUUUACUCCAUCUGUUGCAUUUGUUAAUCUCUUUUUCUGCGUAUCAUAGUUGCCGUCAGGUGUAAGUUUGAAACCAAUUCCUUGUUGACUCUUUUCAUCCCUUUCUCUUGUUUCUCCUGUUAAAUUGUCAUCAACAUUAUGACACAAUAAGCCAUUUGAAUAACCCAUAUAUUAUUGCAUCAAACAUUUUUUUCAUUAAAAUUUUUUGCAAGAACUUUUUUUGGUUUCUCAAUAUAUAAACAUAGGCAUGCUAUGCAUGCAAGAGUUAAUUUUUCGGGAGAGUGAAUUAAUUGGAACAUUGUAAGUGAUGUCUUCACUUAACAAAAGGAAAGAGCAUUAACGCGGAAAAGAACGAAAAUGUCGAAUUAACUCACACACAGAUAUUUUGUGGUCGACUGUAAUUUAUUGGUGCCACGGAUACUUGUUAGUACAAAAUGCAAACUGCAGACCGCAGAACGCAGAGUGCACACCGGAUACAAAAUGUAGACUAGGUACAAAAUGUAGACUGCAGACUGCAGAGUGGGUACAAAAUGCAGACUGAGAAUUUAAAGUGUUUUUUCGUCUGGUAUGUGAUAACAUGUCAUAUGACAACUUACCGAGCAUCACGCAAUCGCUUUUCCGCGAUCAGCUUUCACGAUUAUCUGCACUUUUGUGGAAUAUUCCUGGCCCGUUUCUUGAUCAAAAUCGUUCUUAAUAUAAUUUCAAGCCUUCAUACAGUCUUCUCACUUUGCGCGCGUUGAUUGGUGUGAUGUCUGUUCAGAUUUUACCAACUUAAUAAAAGUAGAUGUGGAUGAAGAUGUAAAUAAGAUGACGCUGUUGAAUAUUUUACACGCGGCAUAUUCGCACGUGGUGCGUAUUAUUAUCUUUCUAAGCGGUAUGUGUUUAUUUUGUUGAAAACAACGCGGACCGAGACCACAACUGUUCCUUCGACUUGAUAUAUUUUCGACGUUAGUAGAUCACAUCAUAUUAACUUACAACCGUAAAUCACCCAUUCCAGAUAACAGAUUCAAAUAACCAUGCUAACGAUGGUAUCUGGAUUCGUCCUUGGCCAAACAUAAACGACUCCAUUAGAUCACUUUCUCAAGGCAUCGCAAACAUUUUCAUUCGUCCAGUGUUCUCAAAAUUGCCCUCAAAAUAGCCAACAAUGACACAAAAUCCACCAUGCAACACACUUGCAACUAUUCAAACCUCUAACAUCGAAAGACUCGAUCCAAGAGUAACACACUACGAUGUUUACUAUGAAACUGACUGGCAACCAAACCACCACAGGGAAAACUCAGCCAUCUUUCGUAGAAACAUUGUAGUUCAAUAAAAACACCUCUUAGCAUUGCAUAUCAAUCAAACACGAUGUCACACGAGGCGACAAAGCUUCCUAGGAGCCACUCAAAAUCAUCCAUAGUUGAUUUUAAUCAUACAUUCAUCUAGAGAUAGCACCGAGAAAAUCAACCCAGAAAAAUAUAAUCAACAGAUCAUGAAUCUUGCAAAACAGCAUGCCGUUAAAGAACUGCUCAAAUAAAAAUUUUUGGUGCAAUUCUUCAACACCUCAACCAAUAUUUGAUUCAAAAUAUUUCCACUUGCUCUCAUCGUGAAGGAACAUUAACCACGAUCGUGCUGCAUUGCACAGAACUCCAUUUUCUCUCGAAUAACUAUCCACCAUUUUCACAGCAUGAGUAACACGUUUGCUAUAGGUAAUCUGUUGUCUUUCAUCUGUCCAGUAGUAUAGCGUUUCUCAUAAAGCGCGGUGAAAUACACGUUACAAACACAGAAAAGCCAACAUUUCUCAUUCUAAAAGAUAAUUCCAUUUUACAAGCUGCUCUCUCCGAAUCCCGCGUCUCUCAAACUAAAGAAGAAAACGGACGCUCUGAUUGGUGCGAGAUACAAACCCUAAACGAUCUGAUUGGUGCGAGUAAUAUACCAUUCCAUACGCUAACAUAGAGGUUUUUUUUUAAUAACUCAAAAAUUAAUAUGGAUGAUAAGUUGCAUGAUUGAAUACAUCUUUAUCAAUGUUGUUUUGAUUACAUAUCUCUGUUUGAAAGAGUCAUAAAUACAAAAACUUGAACAGCUCAAUCUUACAUCUUUCGGUUUGUGAUAAUAUAUUACUAGGUACUUUUUAUGUCUCCCCCCUGUAGAUAAUUCAAUAGUCGGUCUUUGCUUCUUUUUUCACAAAUACAAUCAUUAAAAAAAAUUCAAUUUUUUGGUUAUCAUCACUCAUUUCUUGUCAAGGUAUUAUCUCAUCGUUACUUCCUUCAACAAAAUUAUAAUCUACUUCUUUAUUUAUAUCAUCAAAUAUUUUAAUCAAAUUUUUGCUUCUUUUCUUCAAGGUUCUUAGAGUAAAGGUGAAUUUGAUCAAAAUUAAGUAAUUUAGAAAUCGUUUCAAAUAUUGAGCAUCUCAGUUAUAAAUGGAUCGCAUAGUUUGCUAAAGCACAUUAUGUUGAAAUCAGCUGGUAAGAUUGUUUAAGAAACAAAUAAUUUGCACAUAGUCGUCAACUCUAAUAAUCUUCUUGACUAGUACAGUGAUGAUUUCGCAAAGACUGUGGCAAAAAAUAGUUUUUGGCAUCUCGAUUGAGAUGGAACAACAGCCAACACAAAUACUGGCUUUGUGGCGAGAAAAGCAUUCACUGAUGGUGCAGCCAAUGUUAAUGAUAUAAUUUCACUGAAUUGAUGUAGUUCCUAUGAAGAACUUGAAGAUAAAUGCUCACAAAAAUGCAACUUCAGUUUAACAUUGAAUUACAAAAUGAAUUUCAAUUGAUAGAUAAAGCUGCUGUUGCUCAUACUGGAAGAGUAGUUGUGAAUCCUAAAUUAACUCCUAAGACAGGCUUUAUGAUUUUAUAUGUAAGUUAAUUUCUUAAGAAAAUAAAUGGGAAUAUUUAAGAGAAAUGUAUGAAGUGUUUUGCACCCACAUGUUCCUCAACAACACUGACACACAGAUAAAUAUUUCAAACUUUAAAUCACAUCAUGGUUUAAUUUACCUCUAUUUAACAUCUCAGACAGAAGCAAUGACAAAAGAUCCAAAACAACUUAUAUUUUGUUAUUAGUUACAUGAAGCCAGUACAGCUGACUUUCGGGUACAUACAGUUAUUUUUUAUAUAGAAACUGUUAAAAUUGAUCAAAUAGGCGAUCAGCCUGUUAUUGCUUGAAUUUGUAUUGGAAUUCAGAAAUGUAAAAUAAGGUAAUCUUAUAAUACGUAAUAAUAAUGUACUAUCCUCAUGGAGUAAAUUUAAGUGAGAACCAGUUGAAAACGUUAAGAUUGACUCCAUACAAUCUUACAGGAAAUCACCAACCUUUAGUGACACAGCAACAGAUAAAGGUACUGCUUAGAGAGCAAAGAAACGGCACAGGUUCUGAUAUAAAAAUUUCGAGAACACAACCAGCUGAAAUAGACGUGUUUGUACUUUUGAUAAAAUAUGUCUUGGUAAAGGCACAGGUUUUUUCAUUGAAAUUUUCUUUCUUGGUUAAGGUACUGGUUUUAAGUUUGAUAUAAUUUCUUCUUUUGUAAGUACAUUAAUUUUUUCUUUGUUCACGGUUUUUUUUAUAAAUUUCACUUAAUAUGGUUUCAAGAAGAUUCUUUUCUCAAUUAAAUUUUUGACAAGUGCAUUAAAUUCAACGCGUUCAUCACUACAUACUAUAUUAAGACUUUAUUUUUAAGUAUUUAUCUGGCAAACGCAUUUCAGUAUAUCUUUAAGAUAACCAAUGAUGAACGUAAAAUGGGUCAGAUUAAGCAUUUUAAAAUGCAUUUUGUUAUUUCAAAGUGUUGCACGUAGCAUUAAAAUUUUGUUUAAAGAUAUUUGUGUAGAGAGAUGUAUUAAAAAUGCGAAUUGGGAAAGGUUAUUUUGCGUUUACAGUUUACUAAUAUAGAAAAUAUGUUAAUAAACUAAGUGUGCAUGUUAUAUUAAAAAAAUGAAAAAUUACAUAUUGCUAUAAUAUAAUACACUUAAAGCAGGCGCACGGUUGAAGAAAUAUAUUGAAAACAGCAAGAAAUAUGUAUAAAAUGCAGCCGUAAGCAAUUAAAAUACAAGAUGUAAAUUAUUGCACCAUCAGGCCCAUUUUCUAUUCCUCAGUUAUUAGCUUUUUACCAAAGCUAAAUCAAAUAUAUAAAAAAUACAAGUGUAAUUGAUUGCACCAGCAGUUAAAUUUCACCAGAAAGUCAAGUAGUUUACCACAUCAUAUUCAAACAUGUCCUCCUUUGUUAUCUAGAAGCAUCUAGAAGUUUGCCAGAAGUUUCCUGUUCCGUGCACCAACAACUGCGGCUUGAGAGAGAUUGCACGAGAAAAGGUUUGUUUACACCGAUUAUAAGCAGGCAUAAAGGCUUCUAUCAGAAACAAAAUGGUUACCUUUUCCAAGUGAAACAAUCGUCCAAUUAAACUUGUAGGGGGCAUCUGAGUUGGGCAAUCGGCCAUGCUGAAAAUCGCAUUUUUAUUCUCACUUUUUAUGACGAAUAGUUCUUAAUUUCUGUUACUGCUUUUUUCAUAGCUUGAGGUUCACAUUCGCGAUGAAUGUCCUAAAACUGAAGUCUGCUGCGAAUACAGCAACUUAGGAUGCGAUGCUAUGGUAUGGACUACAUUAUUUCUCUUAUGGCGUAAACCAUUCCAUGCGGGGCAAGGAAAAAUACGAGCAAUGAGCCUGUGACAAGAAAGGUUAUCUUGCUAAAGCCUACAUAACGUAAAAUCAGAUACCGUUAUCGUUCAAAGGUGUCACAAGUUAUGGUUGCCUACCCAGGUUCAAAAAGUUAAUUUUGAUUGCAAUACAGUGAAUGGUUUGAAUCCGGGAGUAACAUGUGUAAAAUAUUAAUAUUCAAGAGAACAAAUCAACUCUUCUGAUAGUGUAGUCUGAUCGCGCGGAUGAGUGUAGUCCUGAGAAAGACUGUUGCUGGUAGUAAUAACUGAGGUUUAGAUAACCUGAGCGGAAGUCAUCAUUCUGUUCGGUUCGUUUGUGAUGUUAAUGUAGCGAAUAAGUCGUUUGUAUGGUGCCGGCAGUAAUUUACACCUGUUAAGGGAAGCUGUUCUAAGUUAGUAAACCAGCUGUCCAGAGUCAAUCGUUGAAGAGUUAGUGCUGUGGGUUUGGCAUUGCGCAAAUGGUUAGAUUUAGAAGCCUAUUACUGAUGCACCUAAAUUAACGACUUUGAGAGUUACGUCGAUUUAAAAAACGGCUCGAAUCGACUUGAUCUUUCUAGUUUCCACGAUCAAACACCAGUUCUCAUUCAAGUUCCCAAGUUGAUCGUCACUUAAGUCUUACCCACCAUUGCCUCGACGCCAAUCGGUUGCAAGUUAAUGAUCUGGUCAGCCUUGUCGCGAAACAGUCACAGCAAAUAGAACAGUUGGCGGCCUUAGGUAAGGAAGAGUCACAGAAAAGAGAACGGUUGGAGGCCCAAGUUAAGGAAGAGUCACAGAAAAGAGAACGGUUGGAGGCCCAAGUUAAGGAAGAGUCACAGAAAAGAGAACGGUUGGAGGCCCAAGUUAAGGAAGAGUCACAGAAAAGAGAACGGUUGGUGGCCCAAGUGAAGGAAGAAUCACAGAAAAGAGAACGAUUGGAGGCCCAAGUCAAGGAAGAGUCACAGCAAAAGAAUCGACUGAAGGCCCAUGUUAAGGAAGAGUCACAGAAAAGAGAAGGAUUGGUGGCCCAAAUUAAGGAAGAGUCACUGCAAAGGAAACUAUCGGAGGUCCCAGUCAAGGAAGAAAGGGUAGUAGCAGUGCAAAGAAAACGACCGGAGGCCCAAGUUAGGGAACGGCCACAGCGAACAGAACGACUGGGUAUCAGAUGUGGCGAGAGAGAGAGCAGUCGUCGGUCCAGUUCUUUUUUGUUUGAUUAAACAGCAAAUAAAGCGUUUUAAUUUCCAAGGUUAAGAAGAGUAGCAGGAAAAGCUGGACUUUUGUAUGGAAAGUAUCCUUUCCUGAGGCCAUUUUUUAAAAGUAAUACAAAAAAAACCCGAAAGUUAUAAUAAGUAAACCCUUUUGUUAUAGAAAAAAGGAUACAUGCUGAUAAUCAAAAUGGAGUUUUCGAAUCUAUUUCACUUAGAUUUUUCGUAGUAGAGUUGUCCCUAGAGAAUUUUACCGGUUGUUAUCUCGGCCGUUUUGUUAAUCAGCGUUUUCUAUUACCCGGUAGCCAUUUUCUAUUUGAGCUCAUCAGUUUUUGGGUUUUGAGUUGCACGUCCAACCCUAAUGAUUGGGUGAAAUGCGUUUGAAACCAUUCGUAUCAGCUGUAAAAUUUGCUGUUAAAUUGAUACAAGUAUGGCUGUUGACCAGUUUAGUUUAGUUUUUACUUAUUCGUUGAUCUUGGCAUUUCGCUGAAUCUGAUUGCUUACUAGCUCGUACAAGUUGCAGGAAAGUAACCAGAGUAACAAUAGUGGCAGUGUAAUUUUAGUCUGAUGUUUUACAGAAUUUAAACUUACUCUGAUAGUUCACGUGAUGUUAAUGAGUGGUAUGCCAUGUUAUCUUGAUUUUGCUAUAUUGUAAUAAAUGUAGUAUUGUAAUCUGAGAAAAAGAAAUUUAGUUUCAGCCGGG